UUAACCCAUCUCCCAACUUUAACCAUCAAAGAUUUGAUUCAUCUACUCAACAACCUCAACUUUAGCUCUCCAACAACACUUCUGCCAUGGCUUUCCAUCAUCUUCUCAGCUAGUGCUACCCUUUACUUCAUGACUCGUCCAAGAAAGGUUUAUGUAAUAAACUUCACGUGUUAUAAGGCGGAACCAGCCCAAAUAUGCAGCACAGAGAUUUUCAUGGAGCUAAGUUCUCGGACGAGACGAUUCACAAAGGAAAGUUUAGAUUUUCAAAGGAAAAUCCUUGAGAGGUCAGGGUUUGGUGAGAAGACGUAUGCGCCGAAAGCAUUAAUGCAGAUUCCCUUCAAACAGUGUAUGGAUGAAGCGAGGAAAGAAACAGAGACUGUAAUGUUUGGAGCAAUCAAUGAGUUGUUUGCAAAAACUGGGAUAAAGCCAAGAGAUAUUGGAAUUCUUGUAGUGAAUAGCAGUUUAUUCAAUCCAACACCUUCUCUGUCAGCUACCAUUGUCAACCAUUACAAGUUCAAAGGAAAUAUCUUGAGUUAUAAUCUUGGUGGCAUGGGGUGUAGUGCGGGACUUAUUUCUAUAGAUCUUGUCAAAGAACUUUUUCAGGUGCACCCCAAUUGUUAUGCUCUAGUGGUUAGCACAGAGAAUUUAACACAAAACUGGUACUUCGGAAACAAUCGCUCUAUGCUCCUCACAAACUGUCUAUUCCGUGUUGGUGGGGCUGCAAUCUUACUGUCUAAUCGAUCAUCGGAUCAUUAUCGUGCAAAAUAUCAACUAUUUUGCUCCCUUCGUACACAAAAUGCUAGCGAUGACAAGUCCUUCAAUUGUGUUUUACAGAAAGAGGAUGAAAGCCAAAAAGUUGGCAUCGAGCUCAAUAAAGAUCUCAAGGUUGUGGCUGGAGAAGCACUCAAGACCAACAUCACCACUCUCGGGCCAUUAGUUCUUCCCAUGUUUGAACAACUACGAUUCUUAAUAAACUUUGUGGCAAGAAAGUUUCUGAAAAUGAAAAUGAUAAGGCCAUAUGUUCCAAACUUCAAGCUUGCGUUUGAACAUUUCUGUAUUCACACAGGAGGGAAAUCUGUGUUGGAUGAGAUAGAAAAAAGCCUUAAGCUUGAUCAGUGGCAUAUGGAGCCUUCGCGGAUGACAUUAUACAGGUAUGGGAAUACUUCAAGUAGUUCUUUGUGGUACGAGUUGGCAUAUUGUGAAGCCAAAGGAAGAAUCAACAAGGGUGAUCGUGUUUGGCAAAUAGGGUUUGGGUCAGGCUUCAAGUGCAAUAGUGUUGUGUGGUAUGCACUCAACUCCAUCAACUCAGCUGGAGAAAAUAAUCCUUGGAAUGAUGAACUCAAGGAGUUUCCUAUUCAAAGUGCUGAAAUCAUCAACUAAAAUAUUUCUAACUAGAUAUCAAAUAGUAAUUACUACAUAGGAUUAGGAUUGGAUUUAGUUGCAUAUCAA